AUGACCGAGAAGUUCCAAGAUCAGGCAGGGAAUCAUGCUGUGGUUUUUGGCUGCUCUGGGAUCAAUGGCUGGGCUUUAGUGAAUCAACUGCUCUCGGGAUAUCCCUCGCCCAACACAUUUUCGAAGAUCACGGCCGUUGCUAAUCGGCUUUUUACUUCUGAAGAGGCUAAAUGGCCACGCGAUGAUCGUCUGCAGAUCGUCUCUGGGAUCGAUCUCCUGGGCGGCGAUGACACUACUUUGCAAAAGACCCUUUCACAAAAAGUUCUUUCAGUGGAGACAAUAAGUCACGUAUAUUAUGCUGCGUAUCGAGCCAGUGAUCAUGCCGCCGAGGAAUGUCGUCUUAACAAGGAGAUGCUGCGUGCUGCGGUUCAAUCGCUAGAGACCCUCUCCUCCAGAUUAGCUUUCGUGGUCUUGAUCACAGGAACAAAGGCAUAUGGUGUCUACCUCCUCGAUAAGUUCCCUUUCCGAGGACAGGUGCCACUGAAAGAAGAUCUCCCACGCGUCCCAGCAGAGUAUGCCAAAGACCUUUUCUACUAUCAUGAGGUAGACCUUCUUCACGAGCUAUCUGCUGGUAAACCUUGGUCAUGGUGUGAAGUCCGCCCAGACGUUAUUGUCGGGGUCGCUCCUUUUGGUAAUGCUAACUGCAUGGCUCAGACAAUGGGUAUUUACCUUGGACUCUACCGAGCUCUUGAAGGAGCAGGGGCUCGUGUUGCAUUCCCUGGAAACGACACUACAUGGCGCCUUUUGUCCACAGAUUCUAACCAAGAUAUCAUUGCCCGAUUCUGCAUAUUUUCUUCCUUGCAGUCUCGCGAAAAGGUCCAUGCACGUGCUUUCAACAUCGCUGACAGUGCAACCCCUGUCUCAUGGUCUGAGCGCUGGCCAAUUUUGGCAGCAUACUUUGGGUUGGAGGGCGUGGGGCCAGAUGAUGCAAGCCUACACCCCACGAAGUAUAUUGAUCAACACCGGGACGAGCUCCAGGCUCUUUGUCGUCAGAGGGGCCUUCGUGAGGAUAUCAUCUACAAGAGUAUGCACAACACUGGGUCGCGGAUGGUCAGUCUACGCCUGAUGGAUUUCGAUCGCCCUUUCGAUCUUGGUAGAGCGAGGUCUAUCGGGUUUGAAGAAGUAUUCACCACUAAGGAAUCGUGGUAUACCGCUUUUGAUCGAGUGCGAGAUACGAAGAUCAUGCUGUAG